UCUCUCGACCCGGUUGACAGCUGGAGCUGCUGACGGGAUCUAGAUAGUAGAUACCCAACAACAACACUUCUGGUAUGACUUUUGUUUUCUACAAGAACAAUGGAAUGCCUGCCUGUCAGUCAGCCUGUCAGUCAGUCACCAGCCCACAGCCCAGACCCGACAGCCCGACAGCCAAGUUGCGUGGAUGGGGCCUGCAGUUGCGCUACUUGCACGCUAGUUGAUUUAGUGAAUUUAGUGGCGGAGCUCCCACGAACGCCUCUUUCUGUUGUUGUUGUUUUCUUUCUUUGCUGCUGUGCUGCUGUUGCUGCUGCUGCUGCUCCACUUUUCAUCCGGCUUUCUUUCUGUCUGCGUCGGUGUGUGUCUGUGUGUCGGUCUGUGUGUUGGUCUUUAUUUCCACAGGGCAGCCCUAGUCCCGUCCACCAGCGCGACCACACCCAUUUCAAGACUUCGAAUCUGAUCCAUCAGCACACCACCACCUCCGUGGUUAUUCUUGUCUCUCACUUUUACAGCAUACUCCUGAAUGCAUCCCAAUCGCCCUGAAAUAUUCCUGAGCAAGGGUCUGAGAUUAAUCCAACAAUAACUUGGCCAAGACACAGCUCCGCAUGGGGGCCAGGGGAAGCUCUACUUCGUUGCCUGGAGCUGCCUCGCUCUCCGUG